ACUCGAGAGCAACGAGCUCUUAUCUGUCAGUGGCUAAAGGAAUUGAGAUUCCUAGAUGAAUAUGCAUCCAAUAUAGCACGAUGUGUUAACAUGCAGGAACUUCGAUUGUUUGGGAUGAAAAAUCAUGAUUGUCAUGUAUUCAUGCAGCGUCUCUUGCCAAUUGCUUUCCGUGAUUUCCUUAUAGAUGAAGUUUGGGGUCCCUUAAUUGAGAUGAGUAACUUUUUUAGAGCUUUAAUUGCUCCAAUUAUUCAAAUCAGUAACAUGAAGAUGUGGGAGGGAAAAAUUGUUGAGACCAUUUGCAAGUUAGAGAAAGUAUUCUCGCCAGCAUUCUUUGACUUGAUGGAGCAUUUGGCUAUCUAUCUACCAUAUGAGACAAAAGUUAAAGGACCUAUCCAAUUUCAUUGGAUGUAUCCUUUUGAAAGGCCUUUUGAUUAUCAAGCAUGUUCCAGUUUAUCAGAGGAUCAAAUUCAAAUCAAACGGCAACUUCAAUUUAUUCUUUGGUUUAAGACAACGGUACAUAGUGGAAGAUAUGAGGUUGAUUCUCGCCUUUUGCCUUUAGUAACUGGCCCAGUCAAUAAUGUUAGGGGAACCACUUUCAAUGAUGAGUCAAAUUAUUAUGGGAGUUUGAAGGAAAUAAUUGAGCUUUCGUAUUUUGACUCAUAUGUUCAUCAAUCAGUGAUUUUGUUCAAGUGUGAGUGGUAUGAUAUCAACAAAGGCAUUGUGGUCCAACCGACAUCUAGUAUAGUUGACAUAAAUCCUCGAUUUAAAUUACAAACAGAUGAACCAUUCAUAUUGGCUAGUCAAGCUCAACAAGUGUUUUAUGCCCGUUAUCCAUCUCAAAAUCCUUGUAGAAAAGGGUGGUUUGCUGCAUGUAAGAUUAGAGCAAGAGCAAUAAUUGACACUUCAUCAUUGAGUGACGAUGGAAAUGUUUAUUAUCAAGACAAUGAUCCUCCUAUUCCACAAUUGGUGCAACCCUCGACUGUUUUAAAUGAUCAUGUUUCAUUAGCAUCUCAAGGGGGAGAAGAAGUGGUGAUCAGUGAGGUCAUGCAAUUGCCAUAUGUGAUAGAGGAGGAAUGUGUGGAUGAGGAUGAUGAUGAAGAGGAAGAGUUUGAUGGAACGGAAACAUCGAAAGAAGAAGUUCCAAAUUACUUAACCGAGAGUGAUAGUGACUAAAUGUAUCUUAUUUGAUUUUUUUAAUUAAUUAAAAAGGGAUGA